UGCAUGUUUCAACUAAGGUCUCCCUUCACUCCCUCUGCCUUAGUUUUGACUGUAAGUCGCUCGGGGCUCAUGUUUGGAUUCUCCUCACUGAAAAGCAAAUCAAGUGUGGAAAAGGGGCAAUGCUGCAGCAAUUUCAAGGGUCUGGACCUUCUGACCAGGACUAACAGAGCUCAACAGCACCUUCCUCUGGCAAAAAGGAGAACAUCUAGUGAUUCUUGGUGGAUCCUCUUCAUGUAACACCUCCAUCCGUUGAAAAGGGUCAAGCAUUUUUUUCUGUAUCUUUUUUUGUUUUGUUUUCUCUGGACUAAUUCUUCACAGCCCCUGCUGCCAAUAGCAUGUUAACGAAAAUGACUUUAUAGCCACUGACUGCAGGCGGAAUAGAAGAAAAGCAACAUAAAGCAUGGAGGCUUUGAGUACUGCAGCGACUUCGCCCUCGACAUCCACAUUCCCAAGCUCCCCCGCUCCCUCCUCUCCUGGCUACCUGCAGUUCUUCUGGGAGUACCAGGACAUCUCUGUAAUUGUGGAACAUUACAACUACACUGGCAAGCUGCAGAAAGACCGCUACCGGGAGGGGCUCAAACCUGAGGGCAUCGCGUUCUUGGUGGUUUGUCUCCUCAUUGUCUUGGAGAAUGCCGUGGUUCUCAUCGCCAUUUGGAGGAACAAGAAGUUCCACCUGCCGAUGUAUUACCUGCUGGGUAACCUGACUCUGUCCGAUCUAUUGGCUGGGAUUACCUACAUGGCCAACAUUAUCAUGUCCGGACGUAAUACUUUGAACCUAACACCAUUACUAUGGUUUGUCCGGGAAGGAGGGGUGUUCAUCACUCUGGCUGCCUCCAUCAUUAGUCUCCUGGCCAUUGCAAUUGAACGCCAUGUUACUAUGGUGACAAUGAGGCCAUACCAUGGAGCCAAGCGGGGACGAAUGUUAGCAUUGAUUGGUGCAAGUUGGGCCCUCGCAGGCUUUUUGGGGGUCCUACCGAUUCUGGGAUGGAACUGCAUGCACAGACUGGACCAGUGUUCUACAGUGCUGCCACUUUAUGCCAAGAGCUACAUCCUCUGCUGCGUAUCUGUGUUCAGUGCAGUGCUCCUGGCCAUUGUGGUCCUUUAUGUCAGAGUAUUCCGAAUUGUCCGUACCAACACACAGCGCCAGCGGCUGGGCAUAUCAGCCAGCAUACGGAAAGGCUUGGCAAGGAAGUCAGAGAAGUACAUUGCCCUCCUCAAGACAGUCACCAUUGUGUUGGGCGUCUUCAUCGCCUGUUGGCUUCCCCUCUUUCUCCUCCUCCUUAUGGACUUUUUCUGUCCAACUCACAGUUGCCGCCUGCUCUACAAGGCUGACUACUUCCUGGGAGUAGCCAUGGUCAACUCGCUCCUCAACCCAAUCAUCUACACGCUAACCAGCAAGGACAUGAGGCGAGCCAUCUUGAGACUGCUCUGUCGGCCGUGUCUGAUGACCAGAGAUGGCCAAGUGAAGAAGAUCGGGAUACCGUUCCUGGAGUGCAGCUUCAGUAAGACUGAGGUGGCCUCCCAGAAGUUAGAGGUGGGCCAAGAGACGACCAUGUCCUCUGGGAAUGUCAUCACCUCCCCAUCUCCGAUUAAAGCUCUUUACCCCAAACUUUUCAAAUCAUAAGGACAUAGACUGAUGGUUUGAGUCCAUAAAUGUGUGAAUAGGUUUCCCACUAAAAAGAGGACAUGUAGCACUUGUCUGUUCCCUAGAGGAAGCAGUUCUUGUUGUUCUCAAUUUUGGAAUAGACCAGAAACAGAUGUGAUGGAGGCAUGAGUGGUGCAGUUACCACAUUUACAUUCUUCAUUGUGAACUGAUCAGCCAACAGAAGGCCAUGAAAAUGCAUUUCUGUAAAUACAAGGCUCUCGUGACCGAAAAAGUAUGAACAUUUCACCAAGACCUUCUGGGUCAGUGGUGAACGAGUGGGAUUGCCUCUGCUUUUUUCCCCAUAUCAAAGUGCCUUAAAUUCAUCACAGACUCUGUGGUGUGCUGUGCUGCAGCACCUCUAUAUGUCAGGAAAGCCAAGUUAAGAUUGUCAGAUAACAGGAAAGACAUAGAGUGAUACUCUCACAAAGACGGCUCGGUUGAAAGAAUGUUGUGGGAGGGAGCGGGGCACAAAAUUAAAAUCCCCCCCUGUGGUGGUUAACCUCUGCUGGGGAUGAUUUUUGAAAUGUCAGUGAGUCAGGAAACAUGUCUACAGUAGAUAAAACAACUAAAGGUCAUCAUAGCCUGUAGUGUGAUUGACUGACAGAUAUAUCAGUUACAUUACAUUACACUGACUCUGACUGAAACCAAAUAAUCUGCAUUCACCUGUAAAAUCAUUUUUAAACUGCAGCUAUAUUAAAUAAUAAAGGUGUUAAGCAUCAUUAUCAAGCUGCGUCAGGAGCACUUUUAAGCCAAAUAAAACAUCAGGGCAGAUAACUUUCAUUCACUAUUUUCAUGUUCACCAAAUAUUUCCACUUGUAGUUUAAGUUACAGAAUGUUUCUUUUUAUGAAAUUACCUUGACAUCAGUCUUUUUGUUACAGAUGUUUUUUUCUUGGUCUUAUGAUCAGUUUGUUUUUAUUGUACAGUAAUUCAUGUAGUGACGUUUUUGUAUUGCUGAAAUCUUUUUCUGUCAUCUAUGUUGUAAAUUAUAUCUAUUUUGUAACAAGAAGGCCCAAACUUUAGCUUUCUUUUCAUGAAAGAAAUAAAAAUGUUUUCUUAAAAUA